AUGAUCGCCUUGCUUGCUAAGCUCGCAGAUGCCCGAAGAGAUCUCCUUCUUUUCGGCAUGAAUUCCUUUUGCAGCGGCGUGCGCAGCCUUGCUGGGGGCAUGGCUGCCACGAGCUCUUGCGUCGCAUCGCCGUCGGUACCCAUGGCCCUCGAGCCGGCAGUGUAUCCCUGUCUGAUGAUGCAGCAGCGCUUCAAGAGGAAGAAAAAGCGCAAGAGGGAGAGGCCGCACCCCACCGAGGAGCAAAUCGAGACUAAAGCGAGGUGUGUCAGACGAGAGAUGAGCCUUAUGACUGACUGACGGGCGUGUGAAUGAUCUGUCUGUUGUGGAUGGGUGAAGGGUGACUCCGAUACGGCUGGAGGAUCACCUUGGCAACCCUGAGCCUCCCUAUUCUAUUGCCAAGAACAUCCGGCGGUCGAUAGCUCGAAUGGCGGCCGGCUGGAAGAGGCGGAGCGAUUUCAGACGAAUGAACCGAUACAGGGUAAUUAAGUACAUAGACAACGGCCACGCUCCCCUGAUGCGAUGCCUUACUUUUGUGGUUGGUGCACUGCACUGCACAGGUGCUGAGUGCAGUGGGUCUGACGCACGACGAUCCCGAGGAGAAGGUCAGCCGGGAGGGCUUCGUGACGCCUCUCACCCAGCUGCAGCACAACGCCCACCUUCCCAGAUCCACACGUACGCACGUGUAGUGUGCGGUGCGGCUGACCUGACCACACGGCAGAAGCGAACAGGUCAGACAACCGACGGUUGUUCUCUGUCGUGUCGUGUGUUGGCCGGGCAGUGCAUGCGAGGUUCCGUUUCCCCCACACACUGCACUACAAGGCUCGGUGGGGCCCUCCAGUGACGGAGAAGGAGCCUCAUGUGUACCAGUGUGUGGCAUCCAUGAGGCUCGACGACCUCAACCUCACGGAGAGGUGGGUGGCAUCGCGAUCAUCGUAACCACACACUCGUAGACGUUGUCUGUGUGUAUGUGUGUUGAUCUCAUUUGUGUUGUGUGUCGGUGCAGGCAGGAGAAGAGGAUGCUGGACAUACUGGGACCGCUGCGGUGAGUGAGUGAGUGAGUGAGUGAGUGAGUGACGAGAGAGAAUGAUAUCACACAUCGGUAGAGAUGGCUGGCUGUAUGUAUGUAUGUAUGUAUGUGUGUAUGUUUUUAUGUGUGGAUGUGUGUUAUGUGUGUGUGCAGGUAUGACCCCGCCACUCGUAUGGUGAUUCUGGAGGCUGACGCAUUCCCGGACAGGAACCACAACGCCGCCUAUCUAGGUGGGUGGCUGUUGCACCAACACCACGGUGGUACUUCGGCACAGCCUUCAUCCGUCACGUCGUGUGUGUUGUGCUGUGUGUGUCAGGUGAUAUCCUGGAGGUGCUGAUGAGAAAGGCCAAGAAGGCGUGA